UGUGGACUGUGCAUAAACUAUAUAGAAUUUCAGAUUUCUCCAGCUUUGCUUGAAGUCCAUGGUGUUGCAGCUCCAUCAAUAAAUGUUGAAAACGAUGAUCCGACUUACGCGAAGCUCUCUCAACCUAUCCACGAAAAUCUGCUGACAACCUAUGUCCAAAUUUCUAAUAGAAAAGAAAACAAAGUGGAUAAGAUUUUGCAUGAGCUUCUCCGAAAUGGUGAUUGGGCUCGAAGGUACAUGCAAGGGUCCAGAAGCAAGAAAAUUGACGAGUGGAUUCAUUUGGAUAACUGCGUACAAGGCGUCUCUACUGGUUCUCCUGUCAGGGCUUUGAAGAUUCAUUCCAAGAGCUCUAAAAAGCAUAUGUCCAUGAAACAACACACGAAACUGGGGUCAUUUGAUUUGCCUCCAGAGCAUCGUAGAUUUGAUCAUUUUAGGCCGCUGCAUGAGAUGUGGAAAGACUACAUUAUUCAAUUUCUUAAAACUUGCAGGAAAGAUCAGUUGGCUCAAUGUCUCCUUGAUGCAGAUCUACGUGGUGCAAUUAUUUCAGUUUCUGAGUGUAAAAUAACUAGUUUAACUGGAGUGAGCGGCAUUAUGAUUCGAGAAACAGCAGAAACACUCGGAAUUAUUACACAAGACAAUAAAUUCAAAGUUGUUCCUAAAAAGGUUUCUGCCUUUAUAUUUCAAGUUGAUUGCUGGAAGAUUACACUAAAGGGGAACAAAACUUAUGACUCUUAUCAUAUCUCAAAGCUAGACCGUUCGGAGACCAUAUGGACGACAAAAUGAUCUUCAACCCAUACAAUUUGGUGUCCGCCGUGGGGUUCGAACCCACGACCACAAGGUUAAGAGCCUUAUGUCGUUGAAGCCUGGGUGCUUGAUUUAAGAGCCAAAAGGGAGGUUAAAGAGCGUUGGUUAAAAGAGAUGAUACCUCUUUUUACCUGAUCCAUUUUCCGAAAAAGUUUUUUAAUUGUCACAUCAAUUAGUCAAAAAUUCCCAGCUAGGAAGAAAAUGACCAACAUAAGGAGUAACCAAGCAGCAAAUCGAAGAGAGACAACUCACUCAACUCAAAUAGAUGCUUCGGAAUCGAUCCUUUUUAUAGGAAUGGAUGAGGUAGCUCACGUUCGAGAUGGUACGGAAAACUCUGAUCUUAAUCUUAGGAAUAGGGGAGACCUGGUGAAGCAACUGAGGGUAUCUCCCUCGAAACUCCUGUGACUGAAUAAGAAAAUAGAGGAUAUGAUGACGCUGCUGGUCCAACAAAAGUAGAAGCUUGAUUUCAUAAUGCAAAGGGAGAAGUAGAAACGCCCAUCAGCGUUUUAUUUAACCAUAAAAAAAUAAUAAUGUGUACUUCUAACUUUACGUUUAUCUAACCUUGAAAGAAUUAGAAAAGAAAUAAUAAUAAAAAUUUAAAACGAAUUUUUAAAAUAA